AAUCAAAGAAAACCUGGCAGCGGAUGCAGACUGGGAGCCUCACCAGCUUAUUUUUAAGGAAGUGAGCACUCAUAAGCAGAAGAAUGUUUGUUUCUCUGUGCAGAAGAAAGUGUAUCCGCCAUCAGAAAGCAUGAAAGUCCUUGUUCUGUUUGUGUGCCUGUCAGUGGGCUGCCUCGCUCAGAGACCACAACCAUGCAGAUCCCCACCACUGCUGACUGGUAGCCUUUCUGUGUCUACUCAAAGUGAGAAGCUGACAGCCUACGCCAAGUACAGCUAUGAUGCACUGGGAAAGCGCUUCCGCAUCAGAGAGUUUGGAUCUUAUAAAAAUCAGACCUUCCGUUUUGAUGCACUGCUACUCUUCAAUCUGGGUGUUAUGUAUAAGAUCAACUACAGGAGACACACGUGUCACAAGAAGCCACUGAGUGUAGACUUCCACCCACUGGCGAUACCACAGGAUGCUUCCCUGCUUGGCCAGGUUGUAUUGGGCAGCUCCUCUGGCCCAGGGCAGGGUAUCCUGGUCAACACCUGGGCGGGGGAUCUCCAGAUGAAGAAUGGAACAGCCAAGUACAUGAGCACUGUCACUGAGUUUGGAUGUAUUCCUGUCAGCACUCUGUUUCAUACCAACAAAAGUGGAUGGGUGGUGACCAGCUUCUUCAACAAUGUCAUUGGACUAGUGGACCCUCAACAGCUCAUCCCUCCACCUUUCUGUAAGGGCUCCCAGCUGGAGGAAGAGGAUGGAGAGGAGCCUGUGACCUUCUUCAGCUUGUUUUAGAAUAAGCUGUUUUGUAGUGCACGAUGACGGUGAAUCCUGUAUGAUUCUUUGCACUGUAUUAUACUGUAUUACUCAGUCAGCUUCACUUGGUACGCUGCUUCAGGCUUGAUAUUCUUUCAUUCGUGUGUGCAUGUGUGAUAUUAAAUAGAUCGAGUGUCACUUUGUCAGGAGAAAUAAUAUAAGGAAACACACACACUCAAAUGGUGUAUGUUAAAUCAGACCUUUUCUUGUUCCCUUUUCAUAAUACCAUUAAAAGCAUUGUAAAAGCAUGA